CAGUGGGAUCCACAAUGAGCACAUCGAACAAAUCCACAACAAGGCCGCGAACGAGGCGUGCCUCGUCUGCGGUGGAGCCGGUUAAACCCACGAGAAGAACCACGAGCUCCACCGAGAAGCAAAGUCUGGUAGAUUCGACUAACGACAGCGUCAUGGUUGUGGACAAAGUCGUAUUCAAACCGGGAAAGUGGCGUAAAUCGCUGGUAAUGCUGAGAGCAUCCAUGAGCCGACGUGAGGGCUCACGAUCGAAUGGAGGUGCUGCCCGGGGCAGUCGUCGAAUCAGUAUGCUUACGAGUGAUUCCCGCGUUUCUCGCAUCCUUCAUGAUAUCACGGUAAAUGAGUCGCAAACGCUAGAGGCCAGGGAAAGCCUGCAUCAUUCGUUGGAUCAGCUCGAUGUUAGCGUGCACCAGUUUUUGGCCCCACUGGUGCCACUGCGAACCGUUGCGGAUCAUUGCUACCUAGGAUUGCGGAGCGCCAAGGAGGAAAUACUGAAACGCUGCCACCAGCAGGGACCGAUUUCGUUCGAGGAAACGUUUGCUCGCUUGGGAAUAACGGUGCUCAAGAAGAUCGGCGAAGGAGUGUACGGCGAGGUGUUUGAGUGCCGAAAGGGAAGCGACGGACAACGGUCGGUGCUGAAAUUGAUUCCGAUCGAGGGCACGCUCAUGAUAAACGGCGAGAAACAGAAAACAUUCGAAGAGAUAGUCUCGGAGAUCAUCAUAUCCUCGGAACUGAGCAAUCUGCGCCAACGGAGUGUACAAUUCUCGACCGACGGAUUCGUGGAGCUGAUAAGCGUGAGCUGCGUGAAAGGGGAGUACCCGGCCCUGCUGCUUGAUCUAUGGAACGGUUACGCAGACGAGCAGGGUACGGAGAACGAUAGUCCGGAUAUGUUCCCGGCCGAUCAGCACUACAUCGCCUUUGAGACGGCUUUCGGAGGUAGCGAUUUGGAGGGUUAUCGCUUCAGGAAUGCUUUGCAGGCGUUCGCAGUCUUCUCGCAGAUCGUGCUCAGUCUGGCGAUCGCUGAGCAACGGUUCGAUUUCGAGCACCGGGAUCUGCACUCCGGAAACAUUCUCGUCGAACCCACGAAGGACACCGAGCGGACGUACAAUCUGCUGGGCGAGGAGAUCGUGAUUCAAACGCAAGGCUUAAAAGCGACCAUCAUCGAUUACACCCUGUCCCGGAUCGUGUACAACGGGUUGUGUCUGUUUAACGAUCUUUCGACCGACGAAGAGCUGUUCACCGCGGAAGGCGACUAUCAGUUCGAGAUCUAUCGAAAGAUGAAGACCGCCGUGGAGAAUCAGUGGAAUCGGCACCAGCCAAAAACGAACGUUUUCUGGUUGCACUACUUGCUGGAAAAGCUGAUUAGCUGCCGGAACUAUCGUGACAAAAUGACCAAAGUGCAUCGGACGACGAUGAAAUCGAUGAAAGAGUUGAGCGCGAUUCUGUUGGAAUUCGAGAGCGUUCAUGAAAUUGUCCAGCACUACUUUUCAUCCGAUGAAGAUGAGUCCAACAAGGAGAACUAGGCUGCCGCGAGG